AACUGAGUUUUCUCAGCAAAAAGAAGUUCUAAGCCGGCCAAGUUAAAUUUUUCAUAACUUGGUAACUUGUCUAUCGAUCAUAGAUACUCAUCAUAUUGUUAGGGUUUUGCGUUAUGGCUAUUCAUCCAGACAACAGCGUCAUCAUAAGCAUUACAGAAGGUUACAUGUUAGACAGUAAAGGGGUGCUGCAAUCUCCUAUUACUCCUACGAACAAUGGAGGACGACUAAUAUUGUCACCGACAAAGUGGCCUACGUUUAAGGAAUUCUUUGACCCCCAAGGGGCCUUCAUUGCAGUGUGGAACAAAAUAUUUGUUAUUUCAUGUCUGAUUUCUGUAACCACAGACCCUUUGUUCUUCUACAUCCCCUACAUCAACAAAGAAGAAAAUUGCAUUGGUAGCGACAAGAGGGUGGGAACUGCAGCUCUAGUCCUCCGAUCACUCACCGAUAUUACUUUCAUAACGCAUAUUAUACAUGAAAUUCGAAUCACUGGGGUGCCUGAUAUAUCAAAAAGAGGAAAGCCAGGUUGGCAAUGGAGAAAGGCAGAGAUACUUGGUUUUGCCAAGGCAAUAUCUCAGAAGAUGUCCUGCUUAUCUAUCUCCAUCAUAAUCGACUUCAUAGCUAUUCUUCCCAUCCCACAAGUGGCAAUAUUUGUUUUCUUUCUGAAAGUGGAUGGCACGGAGCACAAGAGGAAGAUUUUGAACGUGUGUCUUCUCUUUCAAUAUAUGCCAAAGAUUUAUAGAAUCUAUCUUUCGUCUAAAGAACUCAAACAAACCGGAAUAUGGGCUAGAAGUGCAUUCAAUUUUUUUCUCUACAUCCUCGCCAGUCACGUACUCGGAGCCUUUUGGUAUUUUUUUUCUAUUCAACGAGAGACAUCAUGUUGGCGUGAGGCUUUUGAAAAACAUACGACGGGAUAUAAACCAACUUACUACUGUGACGGCCAACCUGAAAUUCAAGAAUAUGUCAUUCUGCUUGAGAAACAUUGCGCUGUAAAUCCAUCAAAUGCAACAGGUUUAAUUGAUUUUGAUUUCGGAAUCUUCCGUAAUGCCCUCGAGUCCAAUAGCACACAAUCAACAGAUUUUUCCAAGAAGUUCUUCUACUCUUUCUGGUGGGGUCUGCGAAAUCUAAGUUCACUCGGUCAGAAUUUGGAGACGAGUACCUAUGUGUGGGAAAACUGCUUCGCAAUUGUUAUAUCCUUAAUUGGUUUGCUACUAUUUUUGUAUCUUAUUGGAAAUGUACAGACAUAUAUGCAGUUGGCAACUACAAAAUCGGAGGAGAUAAGACAGAAGAUGGUGCUGAAAGAGCUAGAGAUACAACUGUGGAUGUCGAGAAAUCGCCUCCCUAAUGAUAUGAAGACAAUGAUAAUCGAGAAUGUAAGGCAUAAAUUGGAAGAAAACAAAGAUAUUCAUGUGGAGAAUCUACUCUCUAUUCUUCCCCGAAAGGACAGAAGAUCCAUAACACGCCUUCUCUGCAUGGAUGCACUUAAGAAAGUACCGAUGCUACGAUACAUGGAUGAAAGUGUGUUAAAAAUGAUCUGCGACAAUCUGAAACCGGUGAUAUACACAGAAAACAGUUAUGUAAUUCGAGCAGGAGAACCACUUGAUCUGAUGUUGUUCAACACAGAAGGCAUUAUAUGGACUUACACUGCUGCUGAUGGUUCAACAAAAUUGGGUUCUUCAAUCACCAAGUGUCUUAGUAAAGGUGAUUACUAUGGAGAAGAACUUCUGAGCUGGGCUUCCUUGUACAUGCCCUUCUCCGACCUCCCUAUCUCGACUCAGAAUGUGAAAUGCCAUACAAAAGUUGAAGCGUUUUCACUGAUGGCAAAGGACUUGAAGGCUGUGGUCACCAAAUUAUGGUGGCAUUUCAGCAAGGCAGUUCCCAAUUCGAACAAAAACAACUCUCGGCUGGAAGAGUUGGCUCUUUCUUUCCUAAGAGCUCAUCGUCGCAACCGAUCAAAGAAGUGCAAAAAAGUGAGCCCUUGUCCUCCUCAAUUAUCUCUAUAAGGGAGGUGAAAACUCCCAAGAACCUGGAUACAGCGGUUAUUACCUGUAAAUCGAUGCUAACAUGCUUGCCUUAAAAUUUGGAGGGCAAAACCUCAUCGGAUACUAGUUAGUACUUAGUAGUUACCCUGUACUCUGUAACUUCAGAACAAUAGCGACCUCCUGUAGUUGUAUCAUAUCAUUUAAAGAAAAACCAGACAUUAUUUUCCAAAGACGAAACAUGAUAACAAAUUAACAAUCAAAAUCAAAAUCCAGCGAAAAUAUGUUUACAUAAAUAUCAGAUACAUUAUUUGAUUACUGUGCAAAUCACUCAUAAGAUCCAAUAAUGUGACGGGUAAACAUAUAGAAAUAAAUGACUGAAGACAUAGAUCGUAGUAAAACUUAAAACCCACCGAUGCCUCAAAAGGAGAAGCUUCAUCUACACAAUUAACUAGUUAAAGAGAACCAGUCGUCACUACUUCAUUACUAGGACAAGCCAUUUCUUCUUGCUGAAUUUGAAGAAUCAUGCAGAGCACUAACC